UGCAAACACUUCGAGGCACUUCUGAGAAUUUGCGCAUGGUCAAGGAAGAAACAAUUUCUUCCUACUUUGACUAUGUUCAAUCCAUUGUUAAUCAACUACGAAGCAAUGGAGAGAUUAUUACUGACCAACGUGUUGUAGAAAAAAUAACAAUAUCAUUGAGUCAUAAAUUCGAUCAUAUUGUGACACCUAUUGAAGAAGGACAUGAUCUAUCCACAUUAUCAUUAGAAAGGUUAUUAGGUUCGCUAUCUUCACAUGAACAAAGGAUGAAGCAACGAACUAAUAAUCCUAACUUUGAGCAAGCUUUGCAAAGCAGGGUGAAUUUCACCAAUCGUGGUGGAUACCAAGGUGGUAAAGGUCGUGGACGUGGUCGUAAUCGAGGAAGAGGUAAUUUUUCCUCACAUGGGGAUAACAUUGGAGAGAGUAGUUAUUCUGGUGGAAGAUCAAAUUUCAAACAUGACAAGUCCAAAGUGGAGUGUUAUAAAUGUAAGCAGUUAGGCCAUUAUGCAUCCGAAUGUCGAACUAAAUUACAAAGAGAACAUGGAGAACAUGCAAAUGUAGUUGAAACUGAAGAAAGUAUGGUACUUGCCUGUACACAAGGUCCAGAUGUUGAAAACAAUGAUAUUUGGUAUCUUGAUACAGGAUGUAGCAACCAUAUGACGGGAAAAAGGGAAUUUUUCUCUUUCUUGGAUGNAUCAGUGAAAGGUGAAGUGAAUUUUGGAAACAAAUCCAAAAUUCGCGUGAUGGGUAAAGGUAAUAUUAGUAUCCAAUCUAAAAAUGGAACUAAUGUUACUAUUGCAGAUGUAUAUUAUGUGCCAGGAUUAUUCUGGAAUUUAUUAAGCAUAGGACAACUUUCAGAAAAAGGGUACAAAGUUCGUAUAGAUAACGGAGUUUGUGAAAUUAUGAACAAAGACAAUAAAAACAUCGCAAGGGUAAAAAUGACAGAAUCGCAUGUUUCCUUUGUCACUUCAAACGAGAUCUUUGAUGAAUUUUCAAGCUAUGGUAAAGGAUGACAAUUGG